GAACAAGUUAGAAACAGACUACAGCAACAACUUCAACAAGCACAGCAACAAGGACAAGAAAAAGAGAGAGAGGCCAGAGAACAAGAGCAGAAUUUUCAACAACAGCUUCAGGAAAGCCAACAACAGCUUCAGAGGGAAGUUCAACAGGGUGAAGAAAGAGAACAGGGUUUUCAACGACAGCUUCAACAAGCUCAGCAGCAGCUUCAGGAAAGUCAAGAAAGAGAGAGAGGCCUAGAGCAGCAACUAAGAGAGAGAGAUAGACAAGAGAGAGAUAGACAAGAGAGAGAGUCUCCUUGGGUAGUUAGCAGAAAUGAUAUUAGAAUGACAGAAAGGAUUCUAGGCAGAGGAGGAUGGGGAGAGGUCAGAGUAGCUCAUUUCCAUGGACUGGAAGUUGCUGCAAAGGUACUUCAUGAGACCAUCAUAUCAGAAUAUAACGUAUCACUGUUCUCUCGUGAAAUGAAUAUUGCUUCUAAAAUACGUCAUCCUAACCUCCUUCAGUUUAUAGGAGCCACUACAGAGGGUAAUCCAAUCAUCCUGACGGAGCUAAUGCCGACCAGCCUAAGAAAGGAAUUAGAGACUGGAGGACUGGCCUAUCAUGCCACACUGAGCAUCAGUUUAGAUGUAGCCUGUGCUCUCAAUUACCUUCAUCUCUUCAAGCCUCAUCCUAUACUACAUAGAGAUGUCAGCAGUGCUAAUGUACUCCUUCAACCAAUGGGAGAAACAUGGAGGGCUAAAGUAUCUGAUUACGGGUCAGCUAAUCUUCAACCACUGAUUGGUAGGACCACUAAUCCUGGUAAUCCUGUCUAUUCAGCACCUGAAGCAGGCAAUCCAAGGGAACACUCUCCUUCAAUGGAUGUGUUCAGUUAUGGUGUCCUCCUUCUAGAGAUGAUAACACAACGUAUUCCUCUACCAGAAGAGAGAGUAGGUCUUAUUGAUGGUAUUAGAAGAGCCUCGUUUAGGUCUAUUGUUCAACGCUGCCUAAUAGUUGAGUAUAGACACCGUCCAACAAUGAAUGAUAUUAUAACUGAACUAAAUGACACUCUCUGUUAGUUAUUGAGAUAUUAUUAUUAUUAUAUUUAUUAUUAUUUUUGCUGUUGUUGCUGCUGCAAUUUUUUGAUAAGGUAUAC